UAGUGAAUGCAGGGUCCGGGGAGACCAGAUAUAGUGAAUGCAGGGUCCGGGGAGACCAGAUAUAGUGAAUGCAGGGUCUGGGGAGACCAGAUAUAGUGAAUGCAGGGUCCGGGGAGAGCCAGAUAUAGUGAAUGCAGGGUCGGGGAGACCAGAUAUAGUGAAUGCAGGGUCUGGGGAGACCACAUAUAGUGAAUGCAGGGUCCUGGGAGACCACAUAUAGUGAUUUAGGUUUCAUACAAGUGGCACUAUUCUCACUGUGAUGGAGUUACCUUCGCAAAACGUGGUUACACUAAUGU